UAGUGACGAAACGACGCGUUUCAGUUCUGCCAACUGUGUUUCGCGUUUUCUCUUUCGUCGUUUACCGAUAGGGUUUAUCCUCGUUAGAUGAGAAAGAAGAUAAUCGGGGGGGAUCGGACUCGCCAGUCAAAAUCACCGCUGCUAGCCGUCGUUCUCCGACGCUUCACCUCGAUUCUUCCCACCACCCGCCGUCGGCCGCCGCCGAGAAAAUCGCUUCUUCGUGAGAAGGUUUUCCUCUCAGCUAUUGCUGAUCAUCGCCGCCGCAAUCGGAAAGAUGCUUCCCACCGUCUCCGCAUCCGCGCCCUCCUCCUUCGCGCCUCUCAUUCCUUCUCCGUCUCACACUCCUUCCCUCCUCGUUGGCAAAGGCAAUUCGCUCUCCUUCCCUUCUAGUUCCAAAAUCAGUCGAUGGCAGCCGCAUUUCUCUCCCCUCCGCUCCCCUCUCUCCAUGCGGCCAGCGGCGGCGGUUUCCAUCGAGAAGGAGACGAUGGAGGCGGAGCGCCCGGACACAUUUCUCAGAGAAUCGGAGACCGGAGAGGUGAGGGCUCGUUUUGAGAAGAUGAUCAGGGAUGCUCAGGACAGCGUCUGCCAGGCCCUCGAAGCCGUCGAUAAAGUCGGUAAGUUUAAAGAAGACGUCUGGUCCAGACCAGGCGGCGGCGGAGGCAUUAGCAGGGUCUUGCAGGACGGGGCCGUCUUUGAGAAGGCCGGAGUGAAUGUGUCCGUUGUCUACGGCGUUAUGCCCCCUGAAGCGUAUAGAGCUGCAAGGUCGGCUUCUACCGAUCAGAAACCUGGCCCCAUUCCUUUCUUCGCAGCUGGAAUCAGCUCUGUAAACUCCUUUUUCCGUUUUCUAUCCUCUUUGAUCCGAUUGGGUGGACAUUUUCUUUGUUCUCAGGUGUUGCAUCCCAAGAAUCCCUUUGCUCCCACAUUGCAUUUUAACUAUAGAUACUUCGAGACUGAUGCUCCCAAAGAUACUCCUGGAGCCCCUCGGCAAUGGUGGUUUGGUGGGGGGACUGACCUAACCCCAGCUUAUAUCUUCGAGGAUGAUGUGAAGCAUUUCCAUUCGACUCAAAAGAAGGCAUGUGACAAAUUUGAUCCCACAUUUUACCCACGGUUCAAGCAAUGGUGUGAUGAUUAUUUCUACAUCAAGCACCGAGGUGAGAGGCGAGGACUUGGGGGAAUAUUUUUUGAUGAUCUUAAUGACUAUGAUCAAGAGAUGCUUCUUGCUUUUGCAACUGAGUGUGCGAAUUCUGUGAUCCCCGCAUAUGUUCCAAUCGUGGAGAGAAGGAAGGAUAUGCCAUUUACCGAGCAGCAGAAAGCAUGGCAACAGUUGCGUCGUGGCCGCUAUGUAGAAUUCAACUUGGUGUAUGAUAGGGGCACAACUUUCGGCCUGAAGACAGGAGGUCGAAUAGAGAGCAUUCUUGUCUCGUUGCCGCUAUCUGCUCGGUGGGAGUACGACCAUAAGCCAGAAGAAGGAAGUGAAGAGUGGAAACUGUUGGAUGCUUGUAUCAACCCUAAAGAAUGGCUCUAACGUGUAUUUCCAGUAUUGUACCGUUGUUUUAGUGUAAAUGAAUUACGUCGAGAGAUUCCAUCGGUCAUUUUUUCUGCUUCUUCAGAAGCAAGCAAUAGAAUUUGAGAUGAUGAGCUUCCCUCCUGUAAUUUUCACACAACAGUGACAACCAUCUACUGUUCUUAGGCUAAUUAGUGAAGAAGUACCACGAACAAAAGAAGCAAAAUCGUACUGGAAAGACUUUUCACUUGGAACCGAAGCAGUAUGGCUGGCAAAUGCAGUCGAUAGCAUGCAUCAACUUCCUCCUCGGACCAACAGCAUCAGCACCCAUAUCUUUCAGCUUCUUCAUCGUCAGGUUCACCAGCUGAAACUUGCCAACGCUCCUGUCGCGGAAGAUCCUCACGAACUGACCCAACCCUAGCGACGCCAACCAGUUGCUCAACCCACCGGCCUUCUCGAUCUUCCUCUCCACGAGCGAUGCCCUCAGCGUCUGGUUCAAUGCCGCCCCACUGUCGAAUAUACUCUGCCUAGGCAAAAACAGUCUCGGCUGCUUGACAUUUCUUGAUGUUCUUGAUACUCCGACCACAGUGGCAGUAGUACCAGCCCUGCCGUGAUCCACUCGAACCGCAUCUGCCUCCUCGGGCGAGAUCCUCGCACAAGUCUCGACCGUGGCAGCAUCUGUUGAUUCACCAGCGUUCACAAUUUCUGCAGGCGUGGCUUUCUCACUGGUAGGUGCAGGGGACGGCAACACCGGUGGGGGUUUCUCAGCAUCCGGUGGCGGAGGAAUAAAGAUGGUGACUCGCUGCCUUUUCACAAUCACCCAACUGUCGUCUUCUCCGUCCAAGUCGUUGAGAAUUCUCCUUGGUCUUCCCAUCAGCCGCUGUCUACCUAUUUACAUAGAACAAACAAUCAAUCGAUCGAUCAAUCAAAUGAUGAAAUGACGAAUAGAAGCAAUCCGUAGUCAAACAGAGACGAAGGCAGAGCAGAGAGAUGCGAAAAUUAACUCAAACCAUGCGCAGAAAUAAUAAGGAGAUUCACGGCUGUAGAUCGGCAGUCGCGCGGAAGAUUUGGCUGACGGCGGCGGGACUUUCAGUGACUGGAAAAGAAAAGGAUUUGCAGUUGCAGAGCUCCAAUUUUUGGGGACUAAUUCCGGCCGACUGGAUAAUUAGGAGAACGGUGAACAUUUUCCUUCGAAACAAAAUUGUUUUGUUGUU